AUAAUAAGGCCAAACACCAAACUAUAGUCAUAAGCUUAGUUUGACUCUUUAAUUUUUUAAUUUUGGGAAAAGAAGUUGUGCUAUACUUUACCACAUUAAAGUUCUACAUAAAGCCCAGCUAAGAUUGAGCUAUACUCAGAUUAUCAAAAAACAAAAAAAGAUUGAGCUAUACUCAACAUACUCUCUCUCUCUCUCUCUCUCCCCCUCUCUUUGUGUGUGUAUCUCUUAAGGUGUUCUUGAGGUUUCAGAACAGACUCCAUGGCAGAUGUACUGAGUGAAGAACAGAUUGUUGAGUUUAAAGAAGCCUUUUGUCUGUUUGACAAAGAUGGAGAUGGUUGCAUUACUGUUGAGGAAUUGGCAACUGUUAUCCGGUCAUUGGAUCAAAAUCCAACGGAGGAGGAGCUUCAGGACAUGAUAAGCGAAGUUGACGCUGAUGGAAACGGAACCAUAGAGUUUACAGAGUUCUUGAGCUUAAUGGCCAAGAAAAUGAAGGAAACUGAUGCAGAGGAGGAGCUUAAAGAGGCUUUCAAAGUCUUUGACAAGGACCAAAACGGAUAUAUAUCAGCUACUGAGCUGAGGCAUGUAAUGAUCAAUCUAGGCGAAAAAUUGACGGAUGAAGAGGUGGAGCAGAUGAUCAGGGAGGCUGACCUGGAUGGUGAUGGACAGGUCAACUAUGAAGAAUUUGUCAAAAUGAUGAUGACCAUUGGAUAAACAUUUCAGCAAUAAGAUUGAAGAAAUUUCUAAAUUCAAAUUCAUUGAUUCUCUCAACCUCAUUUGCCAGCUAGAAAUAAGUGUGACUAUUUGUUGUAGUAUUAAUGUAUUAUUGUUGUAGCCGACCAAAAAUUAGAAUCACUUUGUACUCACCCUUCGAUUUGUUCAAAUCUAAAUUGUAUUCUUUCUA